AUGCGAACGAGCGACCAGAACUUUGCUGGAAUUUUACCGAAUUCUGUCUCUAAGAGUGGGCUAGAUCUUGGAUCGGAGAAUGAAUUAGAUUCUUCUCGCGGAGAAUGCGAUCAAAAUUCACCGAUCAGUAAAGAGGGAAGAUCGGGACGCUAUCCACAGCGAUCGUCUGGCUGUCAGGACAGGUUAAAAAGUAUUCAAAACGAAAGACAGCCUCUGAAAACCAUCACGAAUUUGUCAAGAGACAAUGCACAGUCCAAUCGUGUCGGAGAUCCCACGUAUUCUCCUAAAUCGAGAAAACGUCGGGCCCGGCAAACCGAUGUGGAUUCCCAGGAAUCGAAGGAAAACGUAAAUCACCAAAACGGUAAACGUACCCGACGGAAGUGUGCCAACCCUCAGAAAAGUCCCUGUUGGUGGGACCCUACUUUCAAAGGCGUCACACUUUGGUUCAGUACUAAGGUCAAAGGGGAAAACAGUCAGCUUUGUAUUACGUCAUUUUUCAGCAACACAAAGAGCAGCCGAGGCCAGGCGGUGGUAAAACGAAGACGUCACAGAAGUGACUCGUUCUCAGAAGGGAAGUGUACCACAGGGAGCUCUGAUGAAGAACCCAAAGAAUUGUUCACUUUCAAUACCAAUGGAGCUAAAGCAUGUGCAUCGUGCAGCACUCGACGGACUCCACUGUGGAGAGAUGCUGAAGAUGGAACUCCUCUCUGUAACGCCUGUGGGAUAAGGUAUCGCAAAUAUCGUGUCCGCUGCAUCAAGUGUUGGAGCAUCCCCAAGAAAGACAGCAAGUCAUUUCCUAUAUGUGGAAUAUGUGGAGGAAUGCUGCGCUUUUGUCACAUAAAAAAGUUCUGGUAAGAGUUAUUAACACCUUUAUUUUAUAGCAAAUAAAGGACAGGACUUUUAACAUUAGCCAACAGUCAAAUAUUCUUUACUAAACUAAAGCAAUAUUUGUACUUUUAUUGUUAAAAUGCCAUGGAUUGACUCACUGUUAAGUUUUUGUUGUGUGUUGGAGAGGUUAUAGAGGUGAGCUUUAUAUAUUCUAUAAUUAUUUUUGUAAGAAUGUAUCAUUCUAUA